CUCAUUAAACCAUAAACGAAGAAGAAGAGGGGAGGUAAACAGCUAAUGCUAACAGCUCUGUGAGGGUAGAAUCAGCUGUGUACCUGCUGUCAGCGCUCAGGUGGACUCACACAGGUGUGAUGGACUGAGGACUUAAAGCUCACCUGAUGACAGCCAGCAGCAGAGAUGUCUGUGAGCUGCCUCUUGAGAUACACCUUCAGGCUGGAGAGGAAACACGUUGCGGCUCAUUUUGUCCCUCGCCGCUCUCUGUCAGGAGCAGAAGCCGUCAACGCUCUCAGACCGUUUUAUUUCGCCGUCCAUCCGGACUUCUUCGGUCAACAUCCCAGAGAACGAGAGGUGAACGAGAACUCCUUAAAGAGGCUGAACGGUUACCUUGACAACCUGCAGAAGCCCGGCUCUCGCUCUCUCCAGCCCAUGAAGCUCACGUUUUAUGUGAGAGACACAAAGGACAGCAGUGACGAGCAGCCGGACCUGCUCUUUUCAGGGUUCCGCUCGGUGAGUUUCACUCUGCAGACCGACGACGUGUUGAGCACAGUGAUGAACGUGUUGAAGUCCUGCAGUCUGCCUGUGGAGCACAUGAAAGGACUGAAGGGAGGCACAGACCCGUCUAAAGCUGCACCUGGGGCAGGUGUGCCUUUCUACAGACCCAUCAGGUGGGACAAGAGCUACUACAGCUUCACCGGCUUCAGAGACCCAGAGCAGGAGCUGCAGCAGGCCCGCCGGGUGGAGCCCACACUCAGCGUCUGGCUCAGGAACAACGAGCCUGAGGCUACCAAGAAGUACAGCGCAAGUCUUCCUCGCAGAGAGGAGCUGAGCAGACUGAAGGAGGAGCUGUGCCACAGAUUUCACCUGUCUGACAUCAGGUGGCAGCGUAGUUGGGGAGUAGCCCACAGGUGCAGUCAGCUGCAGAGUCUGAGCCGGCUCUCUCAGCAGAACCCUGAAGUCCUGAUCAACCUGCAAGGGCACACAGUCACCUUCUCCGACCAAUCAGGGAUGAAUGCUUCAGGACAGGUUAUGUUAGGAACCAUGGAUGUCCAUCACCAGUGGACCAAGCUGUUGGAGCAGCUGCCCAGCUAUCGCAGCCUGCAGCAGCAGACGGACUGGCUGAAGGAGCGGAUCAGCCUCCUGCUGGGGGGGACUCAGGUAGUCCAGAAGGAGAGCCUAGGACCGGUUCAGCCUAUCGCGGAGCACUACAGCACCCUGAACACCUUCCACAAGAACCUUCUGUCAGGACGGCUCCACCUGCACCCCCGCAGCCUGCAGGGCCUCACCAUGCUACUGGAGAAUGACCGCUCUGACCCCAGCCUCCACGAGACCGGACACUUCCUCAUACCCACAAACUGUGACCCGCCCAAGCUGCAGGUCUUCCUCCAGAGCCAUGCCCCCGAGGCCAGACAGCGCACGCAGCGCCGGAAACAGCUGCAGGCCGAGGAGGACAUGCUACUGAAGCUGAGUCUCCACACAUUGUCUCUGAGGAGUCUGUCCAAGGAGCCCAGCGUCUCAUCCUCUCAGAUGAUCCAGUGCUGUCGGAGGCUGGUGGAGCAGCCGUCCCCCCUCCUGCAGGGACUCCACCUCUGCGUCUCCCACUUCUUCUCCGUCAUGCAGGACGGGGACCUGUGUGUCCCCUGGGACUGGAAGAGCUGAGGAGGACUCUGAAACACCCUGCAGGUCGUCUGGUAGUGUUUAGACGUAUCUCUGGAUCCUCCUUUAGACGGCAGGAGAUCACAGGAGGACACCAUCACCUGUUCAUUACUGCUUUAUUCUCCUGCUGGAGGACAGACGGAGGAGGACUCAGGGGUGUCUGACCUGACGGUGAGGACUUCCUGAGGAAGUGAUUCAUGAGAAAGGGAAGAAGUCUUUGUUUGAAACUAAACUUUGAUCCAGUCCUCUGAGUGAUGCAGACUCUGAGAACUGUCAGCUGUGAUCAGUGUCGACAUGCUGCAAGGGUCGAACAGGGAGGAGACAAGGACAUGCAAGAAGACUUUUUUAAAGGUGCUGAGGUCCAGACAGGUACAUGGAGUCACGGAGUCACAGAGUCUUUGUUUGUUUUUAGAGAAUGAUGAGUGUUAAAGCAACAUGUGUGACUCAUAUCUGAACUAGAGUCUGAGUCUGCAGCAGAGGAAGGGUUAACAGACUGAAGAGUCUGCGGAGCUUCAUCUGCUCUCCUUGUUUGUGUUGAAGAAUCAUCCUGAAGAAGAACAUUCAUAUAUAUUUAUUUAAUGAACUAAACACAGGUUAGGUCUGAGCGUCAGGAUCACUUUAGCCUCUUAAAGGAAAGUUUUCAGCUCGGCCUCUUUGAGACCGUCUGCAGAGGAUCCUGGUCUGAUUCUGUUCUGGUUCAAGGGGCCGAGCUCAGCGGAUCCUCUGAGGGUGACACACUGACUGUAGACCAGAACCUCAAACAACCAGACUACAGAACACCCAGACUGUCCCUCUGAAGGUGUUUAUAAAACCUCAGAUCAUGUUUUUAGACCUCAGAAGGUUUUACUGUUUUAGUUCAGAAACCAAAGAAAACUUUGCACCAUGAAGAGCGGCCGACAUAAACUCAGCCGUCCUCACAGGAAGUAACAGGAUGUCCAGCUUAUGAAAGGAGUUAAAAAUUUGUCUCACCUGCAAACAGCUGACCAAUCACAGCGUGGAGUGGGCGGGGCUUCAGAUGGUAACAGAAGGUUAAAGCUUCAGAAACGAUUAAAUGAGCACUUUGAGCACAGCAAGGCUCUUAUCUUAUUUAACACUAUGAAUUAUGAACCUGUGGAGUCGAUUCCUGGACCAUCAGACUCUGUGGACCAUGUGUGAUCCAGCUCCAGAGACCAGCACUGACCUGGUGUGAGCGAUCCAGUAUAAUGGUUCUGUUAUUCUUUAUGAUGUGAUGUAGAGCAGAGAGUUUAUCAGACUCACUGUGACUCCAGGAGACGGAGCGCUGCUGUGAUUAAAACCAUGCUCUGUGAUUUACUGUCUGUGAAUGUUUGAGUUCAACAUCCUGAACACGUCAGCUUCAGGACUCUGGGAGGGCGGGGUCAGCUCAAACAGCAGUAACUUAACAUUUUAAUAAAAGUGACCAAUCCUCAGAAGUUAAAACAUACUCACUUCAGGAUCUGAUCGUCCCGUCAGCUCUAACUUUAAAAUCUCGCCCUGGUGACUCUCGAUGAAACGGUUUCUCCAGGUCGGACGUCUUCAUGUUGCCUCUCUUUAAAUCAAAUAUUGGAGUCUCAUGUUUGAUAGUAAAUAAAAUUUAUUUUCAUA